AUGCGCAUUUCCCCAUCUGUUCUACAUGGCGUCCGCCGUCGUCCACUCGUUCCCUGCACUUCAUCAGCCCACUCGCGAUCUCUCCUUACCCUCGCUAUCGAGACCAGUUGUGAUGAUACCUCGGUCGCCAUCCUUCAACUGGGACAGCACGAUACGUCGCGCCGCACUGCCGCCCGCCUGCAUUUUCACAAGAAAAUCACUGCCAACAACUCCGCUUUCAAUGGCGUUCAUCCCCUGGUAGCUCUCGAAUCCCACCAGGAGAAUUUGGCCAAACUGGUCGCCGAAGCCAUCGAGCAUCUUCCCAGCCGGACAUCUGGCGUGACACUCCACUCGAAGCAGCUGCCAGACUUCAUAUCUGUAACCCGAGGCCCUGGCAUGCGAUCGAACCUGUUCACCGGUCUUGAUACAGCUAAAGGUCUUGCAGUUGCCUGGCAGAAGCCCCUUAUUGGGGUCCAUCACAUGCAGGCCCAUGCCUUGACCCCUCGUUUGGAAAAUGCAUUGGAUUUGGAGACCACAAUUGGUCUUGACUUUCACAAUCAACAAACCCAGGACAUCAGGUCCGUCGAUGUUCAACCUGAGUUUCCCUUCAUUUCGGUGCUGGCUUCCGGCGGUCAUACACUUUUGAUCCACUCUUCAGCCUUGACUAACCACCACAUCAUGGGAGGCACAGUAGACAUCGCGGUUGGUGAAUGUAUGGAUAAGAUCGCACGCACAGUACUUCCUUUAGAAACCCUCCAAGGGGCAAAAACUUCUAUGUAUGGUGCCGUUCUAGAAGAAUUUGUUUUCCCAACAGGAAGUCAUGAUAGCAAGGAUCCAACGUGCUCCAAAACUAUUGACUCAGGGCUCAGUGCUUCGGACUAUGUUCAACUGUACAAAACUCAAUAUGCAUACGAGGUGCCUGUCAACAACGAAUUGGCGCUAAAACGAAACAUCUCCAAAUGGGGAUGGAGUGUCAAUCAACCCUUGACAAAAGCAUCAGGUGGACUCAAGAACAACACGUUGGAGAUGAGCUUCACUGGCCUGACUACGGCUGUAGAGCGCCUAGUAAUGUAUAAGCGUGACUCAGACACCCACAAACUUACCAAAGAAAAGCGGCGGAUUGAGGAUGUUACUAUUGAAGAGAGAAAAGAUCUCGCAGAAUACUCAAUGAGAGCAGCAUUCGAACAUAUAGCAAAUCGUGUCCUGCUAGCAUUACAACAACGCCCCGCUGAAACCGUUGUCGUUGCGGGAGGCGUUGCCUCCAACUACUACCUCAGAUACAUUUUAGCGAGCACGCUCUGUGCCCGUGGUUAUGGGAAUAUAAAAGUUGUCUUCCCUCGACCCAAUCUUUGUUGCGAUAACGCUGCGAUGAUUGCCUGGGCCGGUAUGGAGAUGUACCUGGACGGUGCAAGAGAUAAUUUAGACAUUCGAGCUUUGCGGAAAUGGCCACUUGAUCAGCUUCUUUCACCACCCAAAGAGAAGACUACCUGA